AUGAGCACCUUGGGCUUCAUGAUGCCACCUUCGCAGUACGGUAUGGGUCAUUACGGCUCUCCACAGACAUCCUACUCGUCAGGUUAUCCACCGCUGCAAUCUUACGCGGAGCCAAGGUCUUCAAAUUCAAAUCCAUACAGCUCAUCUUAUGCUUCAAGUCCAGUGCACAACGAAAGUCAACAAAGAAGACCCGAUCAACACACUAUUCUGCCACCAUACCAGCCUCAGCACCCAUCCCUUCCACGGAGCCCGUAUCAGCAGCAACAAUCUACUGAUCCUCUGCGAGGCCAUGUAUCUUCCAUGGCUCCUUCGGCACAUUCUUACACGUACUCAGCGCCGCAUAAUAGUGUCCCGAACCAGUCAUUGGGAAGUAACACUUAUUCUUCUUCACAACCGUAUCCAGCAACUACUUACGGUUCCAACGAGUAUCAUCCACUACCAACUAUGUACCCACCAACGACUACGACACCUACCGUGUAUCCGUCGUACGAGUCUUCGCAGAGUGCUCCACCACCUAGUGGUUCAGUGCCUGCACUAUCUUCAUCACCAAGCACGCAAGUAACCUUCUACGACAUCAACGAGAAAAAUCAGGAACUGCGUCGAAAAGCUCCUGCCCCAGGUGUGGAGCCGAGUUCACACGCACUACUGCAAGGAACGGACACAUGGCGCAUGAUAAAUGCAAGCCAAGAAGAGCGUCAGAAACAAGCGGAUAAGUGA